AACACAAGUAGAUCGGGGAUCACAAUUCACAUUGGCCUGUUUCCUGUGCCCUCUGUACCCAAUGCGAUGUUCUGGGCCAUACCCUGCCCCAAAGCUUUCGAAACAUGCAUACACCCUUCCUUUCUGGCUUUUUCUGGAAGUGAGGCUGGCCUGCCAUCCCAAGGGCCCAACACUAUCCAGCUGACGAGGAUGGAAUACGCCAUGAAGUCCCUCAGCCUUCUCUACCCUAAGUCCCUCUCCAGGUACACGGCAGUGAGCACUUCGGUGGUGACCCAGCAGCAGCUGUCGGAGCCCAGUGCAGAGGCCUCCAGGGCCCGGCCCUGCAGAGUAACCACUGCUGACCGGAGUGUGAGGAAGGGCAUCAUGGCGCACAGUCUUGAAGACCUCCAUGUCAAGGUCCGGGAUACCCUGAUGCUGGCAGACAAGCCUUUCUUUCUGGUGCUGGAGGAAGAUGGCACAACUGUAGAGACAGAAGAGUAUUUCCAAUCCCUGGCAGACGACACCGUAUUCAUGGUCCUCCACAAGGGGCAGAAAUGGCAGCCCCCAUCAGAACAGAGCACUAGGUACCAGCUCGCCCUCUCCCGCAAGCCUGCCAAGAUCGAUGUGGCCCGAGUGACCUUCGACCUAUACAAGGUGAACCCACAGGACUUCAUUGGCUGCCUGAACGUGAAGGCAACUCUCUAUGGCACAUACUCCCUCUCCUAUGAUCUGCACUGCUCCGGGGCCAAGCGCAUCAUGACGACUAGACACCCGUGGUGACCCUCUUUCAAACAGAUCUGGAUAAGAAUUUGGUUAAAGUAGUCAAGCAUUCAACCACCUAGUCUUGACCCGACAUCUCCCCUGUUCUUCUACACAUCAGGCCCUGUAUUAAACGAUUUAUAUUAUUUCAACCUCCUUAACCCUGUGUGGGAUCAAAGUGGUGUGACACAGAUGAGGGGGCUGCAGCCCAGAGCUAUAGCAGUUUGCCAAGCUAGUCACAGCCAGUGAGGCUGGGUGAGAACUCAAGCCUGUCUGACUGGAGUUCUGCUGUCUUUGCACCGCAGCGCCAGGCAGGGAGAUCUUCACAUCCAGCACUCUGAAAACUACCUAGAUUACAAAUGUCUUGGUAACACUUCUGUCUAGAACAGAGGUGGUGAAUGGGCAGGGUUAUGUGACGUAGAUCCAUCUGGCUGAUCCAAAGUUAUCAACAAUAUUAGAAAGAUUAAAGGAGUUUGAAUUUUGCAGGAGAAUACGCAGACAUCUCACUUAGGCAGACCCUGUCCCAUCUGCUGAAGGAAGGCAACAUCUGUUCUCUUUGCACCUCACUCUGCAGUUUAUGAAACAGAGCCUGGGGGAGCAGGCAUUUAGAGGAGGCAGGAAGGGGUUUUCUUGGUGUUCUGACCUUAACACCUUUGCA